GUUAGCAAACAAACCAGGAUUUCUCCAUCUCAUAACAAGAGAAGAGAAGUCUCUGACAUGAGCUACACACGGAAGAAAAAUGGUACAAAAAAAGAGAGCGUGCAUCUACCAUUCCUCAUUCUCCUAACUGUGGCAACAGCUUGGUUAACAUGGAUGGCUGGACGUCUGUACCUUGCCCACAUGAACCUGAUCAUAAUUUGGAGGAAAGUUAUGAGAGCAUGUUGCACAAGUAUUGUGAUGAGCAGCAAGUCAGCAAAACCAUGAAGGUCACUGUACAAGACAUUCUAGAUGGCUUGGAACCACCACCUUCCCCACCAGUGCAGAAAGCUGAAUCUUUUCUCAAGGUAGAAGAGCCAGAAGAUGAAUUGGACUUUGGGGACUAUGAGGUCAUCCGUUCACCAUGCCAAGAGUUAGAUGGAAGCAGAGUGGAACAGAUGAAAAUACUGAGUCAACCCAAAGGCAUGCAAGCUCAGAACUUUACCUGUGCACAGCCAGACUGCAUGAAAGGCAUUGGGCAUUUUCAUGGACCUGGUCGUCUUUGUGACUUUGAUGGAAAGUCAUACUGUAACACUUGCCAUGAAAACCAGACAGCAUAUAUUCCAGCUGAGAUUGUAUACAACUGGGAUUUUAAGAAAAAGAGAGUGUGCAAAGCCAGUUACGAAUUUCUGCAAAACAACAUCGAUCAGCCAUUAUUGGAUGUAGAAGAGAUGUACUCAGGCUUGUACACCAAAGUUGUGGAGCUAAAUGCAGUGAAGGUGCUACGGAUCAAAUUAACUUCCCUGAGAUCAUACAUGUUCACAUGUUCUGAAGCCACAGUCAGAAUGCUGCGGGAUAAAGUCUGGCCACGAGAGCAUCUCUACAACAAAAUCCAUAUUUACUCAGUAAAUGAUCUGGUGGAAGUGAAAUCUGGUCGGAUGCAGAAAUUUCUGCAAGAAGUGGUGGAUUUAUGCCUUGCACAUGUCUACUCCUGUGGACUUUGUGUGCUGAAGGGUUUCAUCUGUGAGAUCUGCAAAGAUUCCAAGCCCAUUUUUCCCUUUGAAACAGAGAGUACUGUCAAGUGCCAGAAAUGCAAGGCUGUGUAUCACAUGAAGUGUAAGAGAGAGUCUGUGCCCUGUCCCAAGUGUUUGCGUCUGGCAAAGAGGGGCAAAAAGAUUUCAGACACUCUUGAUGAGGACUAUGCUUACCCUCAUCUAUGAAUGUAGGUUGAACGCAUUGUGGAAGUUUUACAGCAGUGUACAGUGUACAGCAGUUUUACAGCAUUGAACAUUCCAUCUGCCAGCAUCAUUUGUCACAUAGGAAGGUUUGCUUGAAGAUGUGGGUAAAAGUAUCCCUCACUAUGCAUAUGUGAUGUGGCAGUGUGGCUGUGUGUGAAAUGUGGAUGUAAAGAUAUAAACAGUAUUAAUUUAUCAGAUACCUCAUUUAACUGGUGCUUAAUGGUAAGAAUAUAACACAGAAUAUUUAAAACCAUUCAAAAACAUUUGACAGUAUUUCAUGUUCCUGUGAACGGACUUUGGCUAUACUGUGUUGAUGCUUGGUGAUUUUAUGUCGGAACAAAUGACUUCUGUCACAUGAAUAAAUCUAGUCUACUGUAUGUCAUUCUAGUCAUGAUCUGGUUGAAAAGAAUGAUUUUGAGAUGGGCUUACACAAGAUGACAUAAAACUGGUGAACAAAAGAGUUACCUGAUUGUGUCCAACAUUCUCAAUUCUUGAUUUUACACCUCUGUAAGGAGCAAUGUACUGAACACCUCUGAGCUUCUUGUUUUGGGGUUUGAAAUAAGAUGCAAUUGUGCUUACGUUAGUUGUUGCUGCUUUAUGUGUUCCCAUCACAUUUUUAUCUUGUUCUUUAUUGUGCUGUUUCAUCUGAUGCCUGUCCACACCUCAGUAGAAUAACCAACAUUUUACAAUCUUUGAGAAGUGGUAGCUCAUAUUAAACUGGAAAAUCACGCUAACUGCCUCUGUAUUCUAGUCCCAUUGUGGCUUACAUGCUGGUAUGUGUGUGGUGAUGGUGGUGGGGAUGUAUGUGCAUUUGCACUCAUGCAUGCAUGCAUCCACACAUGCAAGCAUUUACUCUUAAAUUACAGAACUGCAGAACAGUUACUUCUCUUUAAUAUUCUGCCUCAUUUUUACAUAAUUUUUCCAUUGAUAUGCUAGUAAAUUUCCAUAUUUUGGAACAGGUGGCAAUACAACAGCAGCUUGGUAUGAGUGAGAAUUCUUCAUUUUGAGAUCAUAUUUUUUUCUGGAAUUGCCAUGACUUUCGUGUGUUUUGACUUAAGCACUGUUUUAUGUCUUCUUGAUAUGAUGAAUUUUUAAUUCAUUUUUGGCUAACCUGACAUUUGCAUUUAACAAUAGAAUUACUAUUUUUUCCUAUUGAUUUCAUUUUUGAUGCAUAAAACUAUUAUAGAAUGGAACUUUGGUUGACAUUCGUAUAGAUACAUAAGUAUUGUACAGCAUUUUUGCAAAGCUUGCUAACAUUAACAUGCAAAUUUAUUGCUCUUAAGGCUGAUGAAACAAAUAUUUUAAGUCUAAUAUCACAUUUUUAGGUUUAAAAUUCUGUUGUUGUUUUUGACUGAUGAAUUUGAUGUAUUUUUAAAGGAGCUGAGUGUGAAUGUAAAAUGAAAAAAAUUGAUUUAAAUGACAUAAAAUCUUUUAAUGGAAUUUUCUGAAUAUGAUUUAAUAUGAUGUGGUAUGUAAAUAUGUAUAGGUAAAACUGAUAUUUAGUAAUAUGCAUUACAGAUUUGCAUGGACCUGUUUAGGCACACUUUUUCAGAGUGUCUGUAUUAAGCUUUAGUUAUGUACUUUUCUUGGUUUACAUUGUAAGUUUCAGUUUGUGAAUAUGACAGAUCAAAUUAUUCAUUCUUGUUUCAUUUAACGUUCAGUUCAAGGCUCUGUUGUAGCUACCUUCAGCUACUGUUGCCUUCCCUCCACUCUGUAGUGUAUUACUUUUCUUAUUAUUUCUUUGAUUUCUAUUUCUGUGAUUUCCCAUAAAAGAGCUCAUAAUGUGUAAUUUACAUAAUUCAAGUGGAGUGCUCAUUAACUUACUAAACAGUUGUAAUUUUCGUAUGAAGGAUAAUUAUAACCUCUUUGACAUAUCAAGAUGGUAAAUUGUAUUAUUACACUACACUGCAAUCAGAAGUGCUAUUUGUUAAGUUUAUUAACUCAAUGGUGUUAUCAGGAUUUUUUUUUUUUGGUCCAUUUUUUCAGUUAUGAUUUGUGUCUGCAGAUGUGAACACUGUAUCAGAAAAUCUGGCAUGCUCCACUGGUUUUCUCCAUUGCCUAGUCUUUUCUUCCAAUUUGCUACAAGUGCUAAUGAAGAAGUCUUAAGAGCAGGUUUAUCAGCUGCAUUUAAUAAGUGAGGUAGCAAGCAGACAUUUAAAAACGAUCUCAAGGCAACCCACAGAACAGGCUUUUGCCAUGAAGUGGUGCAGUUCUUUCUAUAUAAAAUCAUCAACAUAUCUACUGGCCAUUAUGCAAAUGUUUUCAACUAAAAGCCAUAGGAAUAUGUGAAUUAAAUUAUAUAACUUUUUACAUAAACAGUGUAUUUGUGGGUGUGUUGGGGGUGGGGUGGUUUUUUAGUUGUCACUGUACUGCACCUGGAGCUUUUACUUCAAGGAAUAUAGAUGUUUCAGGUGAAUUAUGAUUAUUAUUAUUAUUCUUUAGACGGGCUUAAGUAGAAUGUAUAGUCGUGUUUGCUAGAGUGAUAUUUCUAAAAGCUCAGUCAUCUGUGAUGCUCUUGCAUGUCAGCAUAAACUGGCAACUUGAAGUA